AUGGAUGUGGUAGCAACAUUGGCGUCACAAAGAGCAGUGGUGAUAUUCAGCAAGAGUACUUGUUGUAUGUCUCAUGCAAUCAAACGUCUUUUUUACGAGCAAGGAGUGAGCCCAGCAAUUGUAGAGAUCGAUCAGAACAUGUACGGUAAAGAUAUCGAGUGGGCCUUGGCUCGUUUAGGUUGCAGCCCUACUGUUCCGGCAGUUUUUGUCGGAGGGAAAUUUGUAGGAACGGCCAAUACCGUCAUGACUCUUCAUCUCAAUGGCUCAUUGAAAAGGUUGCUCAAAGAAGCUGGUGCUUUGUGGCUAUAGUACUUAAUGGAUGUAUUCUUGAGUGAUUUACAUUGUGAUCUUUUUCUCUGACUUUUGAAAAUGUCUUCACUUUAUGUACGUAUUAAAAGCGUAUGUGAAGAACUACUUUGUAUUGAGAAUUAUAUUUCUCUUUGUGGAAGUUGAUUUAAUGAUUGACUAUUACCCGUUUGGACAGUAA